AUGACGCCUUCUACUUUCAUCUUCAGCCUUCUGGGCAUAUUCCUCUCUUCGGCUGUUGCCGUACCGGCGCCCCUUACCCGCGGGCCCACCGAUCCGCCCCCGGCGUUACCACAAUGUGCCACCCAGUACGAUCUCCGCUGGCAGCCUGCGAUGGACUUCGACACCGACAGUUGCUACAACACGCCCGCGAUCGGUAUCGACGGCUCUGUGGCCGUGGGGCUCCCCGUCAUGAACAAAAACCCCGACGGUUGCCAUGACAUAAGCGACCUCGACAACAACAAUGUCUACGUUCGACAGCGCUGCAACAACGGCUAUUGCGCAUACAUCUACGACUACUACUUCCAGAAGGACUCCGCAGGCGACAUAUUCCACCAGGGACACCGCCACGACUGGGAGCACAUCGUGGUUUGGGUCAAGGAUGACCAGGCAACGCACGUCGCCGUAUCCCAGCAUGAAGGGUUCGAGGUCCGCGAGGCCAAGGACCUGCGGUGGGACGGCGACCACCCCAAGGUCAUCUACCACCGGAACGGCGGGUCGACGCACUGCUUCCGCUUCGCUCGCGAGGACGACGACCGCAUCGAGAACGCCAAGGGCGUCUGGUUCUAUGGCGCGUUGGUCGAUUACAUGGGGUCCCCGGGGCAUCUGAGAGAGACACUGAUGACGUGGGACUUUGCGAAAAUAGCCAUCAAUGACCAACGACUCGAGGAUGCCCUUCAGCGGGCGUCUCCGCAGGGCAUCACGUUUGACUGCGGCUGGGACAAUGACAACCUUAAUUAUGAAGUGCCGCUGCAAGGUUGUUGA